GUAGACAGCCGAAUCACUUCCUUGUUAUUGCUCUGUUUUAUUCGCUUUAUCGAGACGCCCCACUUGAAUCUCGGAAUGCAUCUGCCCAGGUUGGGAAUUUUCACCAAGGGCAGAAAGCAGGGCUGCUCUCAAGCCUGAACAGUUCUGUUUCCUCCCUUGAUCCAUCACUUGCUCUCUUCAAGUUGGUGCUUAUCCCUAUUCCUUGCCACCAUGCUGUGUUGGGGGAAUGCGGUGGAUGGACAGUUAGGCAUCGGCGAGGAGAAGAACCCUGUGUUUGAGCCAAGGAGCUGUCAGGCGUUCAGUGGCAGGGGACUGAAAGAAGUAGCCUGUGGAGGGCAACACUCACUGUUCCUGCUGCAUGAUGGUAGUGUGUACACAUGUGGCUCCAACAGCUGUGGACAGCUGGGUCACUCCAAAACAGGGACUUCACCAGAGUUAGUAGGGGCUCUGGAUACUCAGAAGAUAGCGGUGGUGUCGUGCGGUCGGGCCCAUUCUAUGGCGGUGAAUGAGCAGGGCCAAGUGUUUGCCUGGGGAGCUGGUGAAGGGGGCCAGCUGGGCCUGGGGACUGCAGAGGAGGCUGUUCGAAUCCCCAGGUUGAUCAAAAAGCUAUGUGAGCACCGUAUCUCUCAAGUAAUGUGUGGAAACCAGCACUGCAUCGCACUCUCUAGAGAUGGCCAGCUGUUCACAUGGGGCCAGAACUCCAGCGGUCAGCUUGGCCUGGGGAAGGGAGAGCCCAGCACUCUGUCUCCUCAACCCCUCAAGUCUCUGUCAGGAAUCCCCUUAGCACAGAUAACUGCAGGGGGAGACCACAGUUUUGCACUUUCUCUGUCUGGAGCUGUAUUUGGUUGGGGCAAGAACAGUGCUGGGCAGCUGGGGCUCAAUGAUGAACAAGAUCGCGCUGUCCCUUGCCACAUCAAGUUUUUGAGAUCCCAAAAAGUUGUUUACAUCAGCUGUGGGGAUGAACAUACUGCUGCCCUCACAAAGGAUGGUGGCUUGUUUACAUUUGGUGAUGGCUCACAGGGUCAGCUGGGUCAUGACUCCACCAACAAUGAGCCUUUACCCAGACGAGUGCAAGAGCUUAUGGGCAGUGAAGUGUCCCAAAUCGCCUGUGGCAGACACCACACUUUGGCGUUUGUGCCUUCCUCUGGUGUGGUGUACGCUUUUGGUUGUAACAGCCAUGGUCAGCUGGGCACAGGAAUGCGGGGGGAUACCAGAAGUCCAUUUCCUGUCAAGAGCAGCCUUCUUACAGGAAAUUCUCAUCGGACAGUACCGCAACAUUAUGCUGUGACCAAAAUCAACUGUGGAGGAGAUCAUAGUUUCAUAUUGUACUCUGAUGAGAAGAGUUAUGUCCCUCCGGAAGACUUCAGAGUGAUCAACAUCAGUAAAGGCAUCUCUCAAAUCAAUUAUGAAAAUUUAAAUUCAUGGAGGAUGAAACUCAUAGACAACACAGAUUCUGGUGUCACAAAUGACAUCAUUCUUCUAUUGUCAUCCACGGCCUGUUGGAAUGCCAGCUUCUUGGACCAAAGUGAUGAUGGUCACUUCAAAACAAACCCAAAGAUCCCAGGCAUCGACCUCAACUCUGUCAGAAUGCUAUUUGAGACACUCAGCAAACCCGCCUUUUCUGGACUUCUGGAGCAGGCCACAAAGAGUUUUGAGAGCCUGUUGAUCCCCCAGCUGCCGUGCUCCCCUCCUGAUGUUGAAGCCAUGAGGAUAUACCUCAUCUUGUCUGAGUGUCCCGCCCUGCAGGACUCCAAGAACUACAUCAGCCUCACAAUCCCCCUGGCCAUGGCCAUCCUGCGACUAGACACCAACCCCAGCAAAGUACUAGAUAACUGGUGGUGUUUGGUGGACGGCAAUGUGUUCUCCCGAUUAGUAGAAAUGUACAAGAGCAUUGUUGUGUUUCUGCUAACGGGAGGCAAGACGCUGCUCAUACCAGUGUUCCAUGACAGCUAUAUUAGUGCCGCACUAAAGCUACUGGAGAAACUCUACAAGGUUAACCUGAAAGCCCAGCAUGUGGAGUAUAACCACUUUUAUAUCCCCGAUAUCACCAGCCUGGUGGACAUCCAGGAAGACUACCUCAAGUGGUUUCUGAGUAAAGCUGAGAUUAAAAUGCGACCACCACAUACUCAGAGUUCAGUGACCCUAUGUGCCUACCCGUUCAUACUGAACGCUCAAGCCAAGACUACCAUGCUGCAAACAGAUGCUGAACUGCAGAUGCAGAUGGCAGUAAGCGGUGCAAACCUGCACAAUGUCUUUAUGCUGCUCACACUGGAACCGCUCCUGGCGAGGAACCCCUUCCUGGUGCUCCACGUCCGUAGGGAUCACUUAGUAAGUGAUGCACUACGUGAGCUUACCAUUUACUCUGAUGUGGACCUCAAGAAACCACUCAAGGUGAUCUUUGAUGGGGAGGAGGCAGUAGAUGCAGGUGGGGUGACUAAAGAGUUCUUCCUGCUGCUGCUGAAGGAGCUGAUGGAUCCUGUGUAUGGAAUGUUCACUCAUUACACCGAGUCCAACCUGCUGUGGUUCUCAGACAAAUGUUUUGUAGAGCACAACUGGUUCAACCUGAUUGGGAUCAUCUGUGGGCUGGCUAUAUAUAACUCAACGGUGGUGGACCUCCAUUUCCCGCUGGUACUCUAUAAGAAGCUGCUAAAUGUAGCACCCACAUUGGACGACCUUAAGGAGCUCUCGCCCACUGAGGGCAGGAGUCUACAACAGCUUCUAGACUAUGAUGGGGAUGACGUGGAGGAGACGUUUUGUCUGAAUUUUGCUAUCACCAGGGAGAACUAUGGGCUGACAGAGGUCAAGGAGCUCAUUCCUGGAGGAGAGAACAUCACGGUGGACAAAAACAACAGGAAGGAGUUUGUGGAGGCCUACCUGCGCUAUGUGUUCACGGACUCAGUGAGCGAACUGUACUCUGCCUUCUCCUCCGGCUUCCUGAAGGUGUGUGGGGGGAAGAUCCUGUCGCUCUUCCAGCCCUCGGAGCUCAUGGCCAUGGUGGUUGGCAACAACAACUACAACUGGGAGGAGAUGGAGAAGAAUGCCGUUUACAAAGGGGAGUACACAGCAACUCACCCAACAGUGAGAAUGUUUUGGGAGGUCUUCCACGAGUUCCCUCUGGAAAAAAAGAAGCAGUUCUUAUUGUUCCUAACGGGUAGCGACCGCAUACCCAUCCAUGGCAUGGAGAGCCUGCGUAUCGUCAUCCAGUCCACCUCUGCAGAGGAGCACUACCUGCCGGUGGCCCACACCUGCUACAACCUGCUGGACAUGCCCCGCUACCAGACCAAAGAGAUCCUGCGCCGCCGUCUCACCCAAGCUGUGGAGCAGUACGAGGGCUUCAGCCUGGUCUGAGGCCUGCUGUGGAGCCGGCGGGCCGCUGGCUGAGCGGUGCAGGGAGUCGGGGUAUCCGCACCAUCGUUAACGCACUUUAUUAGCAAAGCCCUCCCUUUCACGAGUGCUGGAGAAGUGGCGAGGUGUUGCAGGGGUGUGUGGGACACAGUGAGGUCACUUUCCCUAUAUGCUGUUAACCAUUACAAGAUUGUCAGAGAUGGGGAAUCAGAAGGGUAGUAAGAAAGAAAACGAAUGAGCACAUGAAAGUCUAUGUAAAUGCAGAUCAUUAUUAUUAUUGUUGUUAUUAUUAUUAUUAUCAUUAUUAUUAUUAUUAUUGCUUUGGGUGUUGUACAGUUGGGAGUUUUUUGUUGUUUGUUUUGUUUUUUUGCAAUGCUGUGGAUUUUUUUAUUUAAUUCCUUAAAUUCUAAUUUUCACCUUACAGAAUAGUUGGGACAGGUUUGGAACAUUAUGUCUUUUGUUUUGUUAUUUUAAUUUAUUGAGUAGAAAGGUUAUUUUUUUGAAAGAUUAAACUAGAUAUAUGUAAGUAAAUGGAAUUUGCAGUAUAACCUCUAUCCUUGAUGUUGGGAGUUACACUCACAAAUGUGACCCUUUGGAAUUUGGACACCAGCAUGUCCUCUGCCUGGUUCUGGAUCAGUAAAAGGGACAGCAGACAAACGAAGAAUCCAUCAUUCAGCAGCAGGCAAGCAGAUGCAGGAUAAAAUGCGGUCAGCAUGCUGUCCUAGUUACACACAAUCGCUUGUUUGUUGUCGCUGUGGAUUGACAGAGCAGCUGGUUUGAUUCUUGAAUCUGCAUUCAACAAUAUUGCCUUCCACAGCAAAUCAUCUGGACAUGAGAAAGCUGACUUUUUUUUAUUCAUUUCUAUUGGAUGUUGUCUGUGUGCAUGUUGUUGAGUGAAAGCAAAAACGUGAUCAUCAUUCAAGACUAAAUAUACAAACAACACAGAUAUAAUAAUUGUAAUUAGUUUGAUUCCCGAAUCACAGAUUAAGAAUAAUCAAAUAAUCUGUGAGAUUUGUGCCGGGACAGCAGAUUGAUAAUUGCAUAUUUAACAUUGGGCAGAUGACCCAGCUAUGCUGGAUAUAACUGAAUAUAUCUGUAGUCAGUCAGUUGGUAUAUCUGUCAUAUCUGUGGUUCCCCUAGUACUGCCCUGAUAUGUAUUUCUACUAGCAAAUACUAUACACUUCCUCCUAAUGCAAAAUGCUGAUGUUCCAUUAGGUAGUGCAUCGGGUCCGUUGUGUGAAAUGGUCUUGCAAAUAAUUUUUUUGUAUAUUUCAUAUAACAGUCGUUUCAUUUUUGGACAGUUUAAGCGAAAUGAGUGCAGAUGAUAAGUAUCUUGAUGUGCCCUGUGCCCAGGCUGCAUUGGGACACCCAUUUAGCAAUAAUAAUCUAAACAGCCCAGUAAUGUAGUGAUAACCCUUGGCCGUUCAUUUGAGGUCACUGCAGUGACAAACACCAAACAUAUCAGGAGUGUUUCUGGAGAAUUCCUGUUGUUCCUUAGCUCUAAACUGCAUGAACACCGAGUCUACACCUUCAUUCAGUCGACCUAAGUUACAAUGCCAGUGUUUCUCUGGCAGACAGUAGUCCUAUGCAAAGGUUUGUGCACCUCUUAAUAUUUUGCACCCUCUGAAGGCUAAAGCGAAAAAUGUAUUGAUUUUGGAUUUUUGUCUGAAUUCUACACAUAGCUGUGUAUUCCACCAAACUAAAGGAAAUCUAUAUGUGAAGCUACAUAAUCCAAAUACAUCCAACUACAAGAUGCAGAAGCACAUACCCGACUAGUUUAAUGGUUGCAUCACUGGUAAAAAUAUGUUCAGUAUUUUUGUCCAGAAAAUUUUAAUUCUGCCAAUUUCUGCCAGCAAAACAGACCCAGUCACUUCAGUAUACGACAUUUGUGGAUGUAGGGUGGAUUUAGGAACCGUUAGCAUAGAGUGUGGUUCACUUGGGGACACUGGCAUCCCUGCUAAGGUAUUUAGGUUGUAUUCUCUCUCUCAGGAACUAUUAUGCAAUUCAGUCCAAACGGAACAAGGUGUGUAUGUUCGUCCACACAGUAGAUUUUCACUUUGAAUAAGUUGUGUGCCACAAAAAUUCAAAAUAAUUGCAUUUUCAAUUACUUGUAUCAUAAAAUUGCUGAUGUGCAAAAACCUUUUGCAUGAUGACAUGGUUGAACCUCAGCCGUUCAUUAUUAAAGAUAGCAAUUGUUUUCAUUUCGUUCCUGAAAUUCCCAUUGCCUCAGGUUUUCCCUUAACAAUACCAUAGUGACUUUGCUGAUUCAGCUCAUGCCCUUGUUGCAGUAUCUCGUAGCCUGACAGCAUGUGAACAGCGAAUACGCCGUCAUCCUUACUGGCUGAUGCUCAACAGGGCUCUGAGGUUAUUGAGAAUGUGAAGCACAGGGAAGCCUGCUGGUUCACCUGCUGCCCAGCAUGCAUGGGGAAAACAUUUCCACAGUAUUUAAUUAUUAGAUCACAGAAGAGCAGCGAUUCCAGGUCAUGUGGAGUAUAUUUCAUGUUCAGUGUAUGCAAACAAGGGCUUAGUAGUUGCUGUAAUUGUGUGGUUGCAAGUACAUACUUUUUUUUACCUUUUUAAAUGGAUGACAUUAUUUUUAUUUACCUGUUUUUUUCCCUGAGCAAAUAAAACUUUAUUUCACCUCA